AUGGCGAGGAUUGUUGAAGCUGGAAGCGGCCCUGCGGGCAUUGAUGACGAAUCUCUCUCGCCUCGAGAUGCUACAGAUGAAGAGAUAGGGUCUCUGAGGCAUGUCGUUGACAAGCUACCCAGAAAAGUCUGGGUCUCCUUGCUCGUAAGUGGAGCAGAGCGCUUCACAUACUACACAAUCACAACUCCGUGGCAGAACUACAUACAGAAUGCUCCGGGUGAUGGUGCUGUGCCAGGUGCUCUUGGGCUUGGGCAGUCUCGGGCGACCAUGAUCUUCAACGCCUUCUACUUAUUCUAUUACUUGGUGCCUAUCCCCUUCGCCCUUGUGUCGGAUGCAUGGCUAGGGCGAUACGCGGUUCUCUGUAUCAGCCUGAGCUUGUAUUUCUGUGGCACGCUCGUACAGUUUAUAACGUCUCUACCCUCACUUUUCCACUAUGAAUCAGGCCUGGCGGGUCUUGCACUCUCUAUGAUAUUGAUAGGUCUCGGUGUUGGAGGAACAAAAGCAGCAAUCACGCCCUUCAUCGGAGAUCAAUACCCGGUCAAGUCUCCACAAGUCAAGACCCUGCAAACCGGAGAACGCGUGAUCAUAGAUCGAACUUUGACCUUACAGAUCACCAAUGUCGCCGCACUUUCUAUCUUGGCAUCGACUUAUCUCGAGAAGGAACGUGGUUUCUGGGCGGCCAAUGUCCUUGCAUUGUGCUCAUCCUGGAUUGGGGUUGCCUUGCUUGCUAUAUUUGGCAAGGAACUCGAACGGUAUCCAGCUCAAGGUGGUGUUUUGUUAAAAGCCGGAAAGGUUCUGGCUUAUGCGAUCCACGAUAAGUUCAAGAUCGAUGCCGCACGACCACGCUACCAAUUAGAAAAGCACAAUCGGGUAGUCCCAUGGACGGAUCGUUUCGUCACAGAGAUUCAAAGUGGCCUCCGUGCAUGUCAAGUCAUGGCCUGGUUCGUGUUGUUCCAUCUUGGCAUCAACCAGAUGACCAACAACCUCGUUUCGCAGGCAGGCGAAAUGCAACUCACCGGCUUUCCCAACGACGGGAUUCAGGUUCUAAACCCAAUCGCCUGCGUUUUACUCGGCCCAGUCAUCCAGAAACUACUCUACCCAACACUUGCGAGAUACCAGAUCCCCUUUGGCCCCCUCAUGCGCAUGACGAUGGCCUUCUUUACAAUGUCAGCGACGUUCGCCUACGCUGCUGGAGUGCAGAAGAUGAUUUACAAUUCUGGUCCCUGCUACGAGGCUCCAUUGGUUUGUCCGGCGGCGCAAAGAGUCGGACAGCCCGCCUUGCCCAAUAAAAUCAAGGUCUGGGUGCAGACGCCUAUCUAUGUGAUCUUAGCCGUGUCUGAAAUAUUCGGCUUCGUCACCCUCAGUGAGUAUAGCUACAGUAAGGCACCUAAGGAUAUGCGCACUGUGGUCCAGUCAAUGAGGCAGCUGAGUGCUGGCAUUGGAAGCGCUAUCGGUAUAGCUCUCGGUCCGGUUUCACGUGAUCCAAAGGUAUUGUGGAUGGACGUCGGACUGGCAGUGAGUUUAGGGCUUUCAGGGCCACUGUUUUGGGCGGUCAUGGGUCACCUUGAAAAAGAUAAUGAAGAUUUGGACACUAUGUUUCUGAACGAUGACGGGGGUAGGGCGGCACACACUGAGGGUGAGGUCAUUUCAGGAACUAAAAACUGA